AUGAACAAGAACUUUUUUGUUCCAUAUGUGGGUGUAUCGUAUGCUGAAGUAAAUUACAUAAAAUUAAUGACACCAUGGGGAUCGAUAAAGCUGAAUAAAGGGUUUAUAGAACAAGUGAUAUUGAGUGUGGCAGUUGUCGUACUGACUGUGAUGCUAUGGCGAUGCUCGACGAGACUUAACGAGACGUUAAAAAAGAAGAAUGUCAUGAAAGAGACACUUGAAGAAGAAGAAGAAGAAGAAGAAGAAGAAGAAGAAGAAGAAGAAGAGAUGAAGAACAAGACGACGUCGAUAUCGUCCUAUGGUUGGACUGACAGCAAGAAAACUAUUAGUAUUUACCUGACGGACGACCUUGUAACGAACAUGAAGAAGGAGCAAUUGAAAGUGCAAUGGACCAACAUGUCACUGUCGAUGGAUCUGCUUACAACUUCUGGUGGUGACCCAGUCAAGAGUCUGGUGAUCUCGCAUUUGUUCCAGGAGAUUACCGACGUGACGUGGGAAGUGAACAACGACACCCUAACGAUCAUUUUGACAAAGGCGCAAGAAAUACCAUGGACAUCUUUGAACGGAGCGGCCACGAAGAUGGAAGAUCACAUUGAGUACGAUGAUGCCUUCUACGAAUAA